GUUCGACAUUACAAAUCUAUUACCUCCUCGAACGCUUAAUCAAUCUUUUUGCGUUCGACAUUGCAGAUCUUUCUGAUUUUCUCAAUCUGCUCCGCGUUCGGUAUUACAUUUGCGAGCGCUCCGAGCGGGCUCGAUCUCCUCCGGAUAAUUUGAAGGAGCUUAUCGAGCUCCAACGAAAAAAAGGCGGGAAAUUUGUUUGAGUUUGUCGAUCCGGUCGAUUUAUGGCAAUAAUAUAACCUCAAAUGUGAACUAAAGCCGGGAAUAAUAUGUGGCCGGGACUUAAAGCAGAUCCAUAGCAGAUCAAAGUUUGGUUUUUACAUUAUAACUGCAUAUAAAUAAUUACUUAUACGAGAUUUUAAUACCACGGUGAAACGCUUUUUUCUUAACUUAGAUUCAUAGAUAAAAAUGGAGGAAGCUGUAGUAUCCGUGAUUGAAAUUCUGGAUGAAAAUACAGAGAUACAUAAAAUAAACAAUGAAACAUAUAUUUUCAAUAAAAAAGAAAGUACCUAUGAACCUAUAAAUUUGCAAUAUGAAGAUAUAGAAGCUAAUAACUCAACUUUAGAACUCCUCGAUAAAAAAAGUCCUCUUUCGCCAACUGAUUCAAGUUGUUCUACAAAUUCAAUACAAGAAUGUAAGAGAUUGUGGACCAGAGAUUUAACUCUAUAUUUCAUCAAUUUAGUUAGUGAAAGAGAUGAACAGUUUCAAACCUGUGUAAAAAAACAUAUUUGGACAAAAAUUUCUUCCCAACUUAACGAGGAACAUGGAACUACCUUAACUUGGCAGCAAUGUGAAACCAAAUGGAAAGGACUGACAAAAAUAUAUCGUGAAAUUGUAGAUCACAAUAAUACUUCAGGCAAGCAAAGAAGAAAGUGGGAGUUCUUUGAUGCAAUGCAUGCUGUUCUCUUCAAGAAACCAGAAAUAUUGCCAGUUGCUACUUGCAGCAGCAGCUCUGGAUUGCAAGUAAAUAAGUCAGGAGAAAAGAUAUUCAAGAAGAGUGCUACUGAUAAUGAAGAAGAUAAAAAUGAGGAGACACUACAAGAUUCUAAUUUUGUUAAAAAGAGAAAAUCUUCGGCCAGGUCUAACAGCAUAGAGAGGAGACAUAAAGAAAAAAUGAUGAGACAGGAUUGUUUUAAUAACCUAUUUCAAAAAUAUAUUGAUAUAUUACAGAGCCAACAAAGCAAUAGAAAGCAAGAAUAAAAUAAUUUGUUUACAUUUUAAUAAGUAUUUAUAUUUUUGUACAUUUUGUAUGUAUAUGUUUGUAUUUUGUUAAAUUAAAUUAAAAAUAAUAGUUUCUGUUGCUUUUUACUAAUAUAUUAUAAGUGCCAAGAAAGGAAAAUAUACUAAUAAAACAAAAUUGGGGGGUAUUUUCUUAUAGAAUUUUAUUAUUUAUAAUGUUUUAAUUCAUUAGUAGAGCAUUCAUUAUAUUAUUCCUCUUUCGAACUGCUUGCAAAUCUUCUCUUACAUCAUCAACAACUGCAUAAACAUUUUCCUCAAUUAAAAUCUCUUCUUCCAAUUGUAAAUCUGCAAUAUCUUCCAGUAGAUCUCCAUUUAAUAUGCAUAUAUUAUGAAGAACAGUUCCUGAUACAAUAAUUAGUGGGAUUAGAUCCAAUCUAGUUGUUUCUAAAGACUUUAAACGACGAAACCUGCCCUUUAGAAGAGCAAAUGCAUUUUCUAUCACUACUCUGCAUUGUGACAGUUUGUUGUUGAAAUUAAUUUGGGCAGGGGUUAAAACUACAUUAUUUUUGAAACCAACCAGUAAAUAAUGUGACAACUUAUAUGCCAAGUCUCCAAUAAGAUGAUGAUCUUCUGAAAUUAUCACAGAGCCAUUUCUUAUUCUUGAGUUAAGGUCUGACUUUCGAAAUAAACGCAUAUCAUGUAUAGACCCAGGUUCCCCUGCGUAAACGUCCAAGA